CGCCUUAGUGAAAGGCAGAGGGAUAAGGAUGCCGCUGGGUCCUAGCGCCCUCCUCGGCUGAGAGCGGCCACGUCUCCCGGAAGAUGGCGAGGCUGGGGCCUGGCAGUGGCUCCAGAGUCUGGCUUUCCCUCUGAGGCUCGGUCUGGAAGUCAGGGGUGAACAUUUGAUGAUUGACAUCCGCAUAGAACGCCAUCUCUAACAUGUCUUGGUUUGCUGAGCUGGCUGGAAAGGCAGAGGACCUUCUCAACCGGGUAGAUCAAGGAGCUGCCUCAGCUUUAAACAAAAAAGAGAAUCCUGGUCCUGUAGCCUAUAGCAAUAGUCACUUGGAUGAAGUCAGUGAGUGCCCCAAACUGUUCCAGCAAAUGGGGGAGCAGCAAUUUCAGGCAUCAGCUAAAUCAAGCUUUAUCUCCUCAGCUGCGGAUAACAUCAAGCAUCAGAAAGCAACAAUCCUAGCAGGAACUGCCAAUGUUAAAACAGCACCCAGAACAUCUGUGGAAGUAUCUCCCCCCUUGGAAACUGUUUCUGUGCACAGACCAUCUUCCCAGUUUGUGCGAAAGAAAAAGUCUGAGCCCAAUGAUGAACUCUUGUUUGAUUUUCUCAAUAGUUCUGAAAAGGAACCUAAUGGCAAAAAAGAUCUUAAAAGAGAGAAAAGUAGAGUGGCUGUUGCUCAAAAUCAUUCUCGGACUUCUAGCAUUAGCUCUGCAUCAGCAAGUUCACAGAGUGUCAAAACCGAAGAUGCUUCAAUUCAGAGCCAAGGCAAUGAAACUCCUGAUAGUUCCAGUUCUGGGCUGGAGACAGAUGUGGAUAUCAAGAAAGAUUCCCUGCAAAGUGUAGAAGCUAAUCCCAGCCUUGCAGCUAAUGAUAACAAAUCACACGAGUUGUCCAAUCUUCGCCUGGAGAAUCAACUUCUGCGGAAUGAAGUGCAAUCUUUAAAUCAAGAAAUGGCAUCAUUAAUUCAGCGAGUCAAAGAAACCCAAACAGAAUUAAACAAUGCCCGAGCAAGAGUUGAAAAGUGGAAUGCUGAUCACUCAAACAGUGACAGGCUUGUUCGGGAACUUCAAGCUCAAGUUGAUGAUCUGACAGAAGCUGCUGCUGCUAAGGAUUCCCAACUGGCUGUCCUCAAAGUCAGGCUACAGGAAGCUGAUCAACUUUUGAACUCACGUAAUAAAGCACUGGAAGCACUACAGAAUGAAAAAUCACGAAUAAUUCAGGAUAACAGUGAAGGGACUAGCCUGCACAAUCAAGCUCUCCAGACCCUUCAGGAAAGGCUACAUGAUGCCGAGUCUGCACUUAGAAGGGAGCAAGAUGGCUACAAACAGAUGCAGAAUGAAUUUGCUGUGCGCCUCAGCAAAAUGGAAGCUGAACGUCAGAAUUUGGCCGAAGCAGUAACUGCAGCUGAGAGAAAAUUUGGGGAAGAAAAGCGGAAAGCAGAUGAAUUUCAGCAACAAGCUAAUAUAGCCAAAGCCAAUCUGGAGUCUACUAAGCAAGAACUGGUUGACUACAAACAAAAAGCUACACGUAUUCUCCAGUCUAAAGAAAAGUUGAUAAACAGUCUGAAAGAAGGUUCUGGGAUUGAAGGACUGGAUAGCCAAACAGCAAGCAUCAUGGAGUUGGAAGAGCUGAGGCAUGAGCGGGACAUGCAGAAGGAGGAGAUGCAAAAGUUACGAACACAAAUGCAUCAGCUCAGAACAGAACUACAGGAUAUGGAAGCCCAGCAAAUGAGUGAAGCUGAGUCCACAAGGGAACAGAUUCAAGAUUUGCAGGAACAAAUUGCAGGCCAUAAAACAGCCAAACAGGAAGUAGAAGCUGAACUAGAGAGACAGAAACAGGAGCUUCGGUAUACUGAAGAAGAACUGUACCGGACAAAGAAUACUCUCCAGAGUCGAAUAUCAGACAGGGAGGAGGAGAUUCAGAAACUGAGAAACCAGCUGACAAACAAAACAUUGAGCAGCAGCAGCCAAUCGGAGUUGGAAAAUCGGCUGCACCAGCUGACAGAAACGCUAAUUCAGAAGCAGACCAUGCUGGAGAAUCUCAGCACAGAGAAGAACUCCUUAGUCUACCAGCUAGAGCGACUGGAGCAGCAGAUGAAAACUGUCCAAGGUCCUUCAACAAAUGGUCCCUCCAUUAACAUGGCAGGAAUUGAAAGCAGUGAAGGCACUCGUAUGCGAAACGUUCCUGUCCUUUUUAGUGAUCUCGAUGUGAAUGUAGCAGGAAUGUAUGGCAAAGUCCGUAGAGCUGCCAGCAGUAUAGACCGGUUUAGCAUUCGACUUGGAAUCUUUCUACGACGAUAUCCCAUUGCAAGGGUAUUUGUUAUCAUUUAUAUGGCAUUGCUUCACCUCUGGGUCAUGAUUGUUCUGCUUACCUACACCCCAGAAAUGCAUCAUGAUAAACCAACUGGGAAAUAAGACACAAAUGUUGAACUGAGCAUACCUGCAGGGUUAAUAGAGACUUCACUGACAAUGAUAACAACAACAAAAAGUGACUGGUAAUGACUCAUUGAGAGGAAGAGCUUUUGGCAUUGAAAAAUAUGACAGCUGCUACACCUCUUCUGCUGCUGACUUGGACAACUUAAAUUAUUUGGCAGGCAAUUUAAGUUUAGUACCGUUCACUUCCAUAAAACAAAAGCGGUUUCCUUGGGAAAAGGUUAUUGGAUGAAAUGUGGCCUCUACGCUAUCUCCAUCACUCUCCUAGUGCACAAUCUGCACAUCUGCAUAGAAUAACACUGUUUUUGAGAGUACAGAUAUAUGAUAUGUCCUGUGUUUUGAUUCUACAGGAGAUGGGCUAUAAUCAGGGAAAUUUAACUGUGCUUGGAAGCUGAAUGAAACAUUUAUUCCUUCUGUUCUGUUCCAGCACUUUCAAACUUUGUAAAUAUAUAAAUUCAGUGUUUCUUUAACAUGUUCAUAUAUUGCAGGUCUUGUGAUAGAAUUAUUUCUUUCCUGUAAAUAGCUUUAAAGAGAAAUAAAAAUAUAUUAUACAUUGCUUUAAUUUUGGUCUUUUACCAUUUGGGAAAGGUAUCUUCCAUAGUAAUGCAGAAAACUAGUAUUUUUAAUGCUUAUUUUAAUAUACACCUAUAGUUGUGUACAUACUAAGACUGAGUGCCUUUUCUUCUUUGUUUCAUGACAACGCUUAUCAACUGCCUUAUUAAAUCUUUUGUCUUCAGAUUUUCAUGGUAACCACCUUAACAUUAAUAGAAGGGGGGAAAGAUUGAUUUGUAAAUUCCAGCAAGACUCAGAUUCAUAAAUGUGUCAUGAAAUCACCAUUAAUGACAUUUGAGCUUCCACAGAUUUUAUUGCCAGACAAUAAAAACAGCAUCCUAAUUCAAA